AUGCCUCAAUCUGCCAGCAAGGUGGGGCACAAGCAAACGGUGGCAUAUGGGAGAUAUGAAGCCGCCAAUGAGGCGAAAAACAGGCCACCGGCACUGGGUGGCGAGGCCAGUGCCCCAGGGGUGAAGGAGGCACCCCCGGGGCCGUGUUGGGCCGAGCUCGACAGGUCCCUCGACCAGUGGAAGCACGUGACUCGGAGCCCCAUUCCGCGCUGGCAAAGGUUAGAGGUAGGAGAGGCGCAAAGCUUCUGGUAG